AUGCUGCAGCUCGUCGGAUCUCUUUCACCGUCAGCGCGAACCAGACCAGACAAGGCCAUAGGACAGCCGGCCCCACAGCCGACCAAGAGGCACAUCUCCCGUUCGAGCAUCGACUGCAACACCCUCUUCCAGCCUCCAAAGGACAUCGACCAGCUCAACGACUUCCUGCGCAGCUCGAAAUCGCAUCCGGAUCAAUCCCUGGCAGAGCUCGUCCUCGAAUGCACAGGGAUAUGUCAACGCACCUGGAACGCCUUCGCCGACAUCCUUGCCGACGUUGCCCGAGCGCAGGUCGCACUCGACGCCCAAGCAUCUCCCUCGCCGCUCUCGUCGUCGUCGCCAGGCUCGUCGCACGUCGAAAGGCUCUGGCAGAGAGCGCGCCACGUUGCCGCCAUCUCUUCCCGCGUCUCACCACCUUCGCCCAACGUCGUGCCAGACUUCAGCGAGCUGCGCUACCUUGCUCUUGGGCAAUGCCUCCUUGACGACUCCUGCCUCGCCAGCCUGGCUCGCUUCGUCGACCGAUGCUACAGCCUGCGCACACUCGAGCUGCGCCGUAACCGACUCGGCCAAGACCCCGUCGCCUUUGGCGCAUUCGCACGCGCCGUCGGCCUUUCGGCCAUCUGCGAGCUCGACCUCAGCCUCAACUUCCUCCGACCCAAGAGCUUCCACAACCUUCUCGAUGGUCUCCAGCAAGAUGGUAGCUGCCUCGAGAAGCUCAAUCUCACCGCCACGCUGCACGUGCCUAACGCCACCGAACACCUGCGCCUCACUGCCUGGGGCACCGAGGCGGAAGAGGUGGCACUCGCACGUCACAUCGCCGACUUCCUCUCUCCCGAAUCGAAAUGCCGGCGUCUGUGCUUCUUUGACCUGUCCAUCAAUCACUUCGGCCUCGAGGGGUGUCGGAUCAUCCUCGCAGCCCUGUUCGGGAGCAUCUGGACGUUGCGGGACUGUCUUCCGCUUGAGUCUCUCGAGCGUCUCGCAGAGGCAGAGAGCCAGCACGACUGGGACGGGAUCAUCCCUCGCAGUCAGAAGAGGCCGCACUGCGCCAUCGGCUGGGCAUCCUUCAGCCUGCACGACAGCGAUCGGCUGUUUUCCGAAGCUGCGACACGGCCACGGCAAGCCGGCGAGGGGUCCCUCCGGGCCUUCUUGAAGGCGGCGCCCGCCGAGACCAAGUCACUCGUCCUCGGCUUCCUCGAAAGGCGCAUCUCUGAUCGCAAGAGAAGAAGGAGCCGCAUCGCUGCGAACCUCGGCGGCCCUCCACCUACAACCGAAACGUUAGAGGGCGACCCGACCCUCGGCGAAGCUGCGACCCGGGAACAUCACGAGGACGACAACGAAGAUGAUGAUGACGCCGCGCCGUACGCUCGCCAGGCAAUCGCUUCAGCCGGAGGAGACCCGGAAUCGUGGGAGGAAGAGUAUCAACGCGCCGUCGCCAUGGAUUCAGGCGUACACCUAGUCAGCCUGGAGGAUCUACGCUACUCUGGCCGCGAUGGCUGUCGAAUGCCGCACGACUUCAAGUUGCAUCACGAGGCGAACCGGGUUCGAGCGGCCGCACUAGCCGUCUUGCGGGCCGUCCGGACCCUCGGUUGCUGCGCGAGGCGUGGCGAGCACGAUGCGACUUCGACGGCAUUGGCGCGUUUCUGGGAGCUGCCGCCCGAGAUGAAGAUCUGGAUCCUUCGACACCUCGACACGGACAUGGUCUUGAGCGAGCGACAGUUCAGCCACGUCGUCAGCUACGCCCAGGAACGGAGCACGAUCGGAUACGGCGCCCUCGACUACGAUUGGAGCAGGAUCCUCGUCCACUCUCCCUUGGCACCGCCAUUGUCAUCGUCCUCGCACGACUGCAAGACGGCGGCGGUACGGGUACGACGGCAGCGCGGCGACCUGCCCAUCGCACCGUGGUCGUGGUCCGACUGCUUCCGCUACCGCUGCAAACCCAUCGACUGGCCCGUGCACCACCUCGAUUCCUGCUCCGGCCCGUUUGCCCGGAUCACUCCGGACCAGCUCGCCUUCCUGUAUUCGACCUGCACCGACCGUCCCGACCCGCAAGCGGCACGGAGGGUCGAUGCUAGACCGGUCACCCACGCCGAUGUCGAUGCGGCCAGGGCGAGACGGUCUCGCUGA